AUGCCCGUGGUUAAUGUAGACGAUCUGGUUCGCCUGCAGCGGAAGCCAGAGGACAUUCGGAAUAUCUGCAUUCUCGCCCACGUCGAUCAUGGCAAAACUUCCUUGACGGACAGUCUGAUUGCCACAAAUGGCAUCAUCUCGCCCAAGCUGGCGGGCAAGAUCCGCUACUUGGACUCUCGCCCAGAUGAGCAGCUCCGGGGUAUCACCAUGGAGUCCUCGGCCAUCUCACUCUUUUUUUCGAUGCUUCGACGCUCCAGUCCUGACGACGCUCCUGUGCCCAAGGAGUACCUGAUCAACCUGAUCGAUUCGCCAGGUCAUAUUGACUUCAGCAGUGAAGUCUCGACGGCGUCUCGUCUCUGUGAUGGUGCAGUUGUCCUGGUUGAUGCAGUUGAAGGUGUCUGCAGCCAGACCGUGACUGUCUUGCGACAAACUUGGGUUGAGCAGCUGAAGCCGAUCCUCGUUAUCAAUAAGAUGGAUCGGCUUAUCACAGAACUCCAGAUGAGCCCAAGCGAGGCUUUCGCUCAUCUCAGCAGACUUCUUGAACAAAUUAAUGCCGUCAUCGGUAGUUUCUACCAGGGUGAGCGUAUGGAAGAGGAUCUGCAGUGGCGUGAGCGCAUGGAAGACCGGGCCAAUGCCGCUGCCGCUGCCGGUAAGGACAAGUCCAAGAAGCAUGUCGUGGACGAUGAGGCGGCUAGCAUCAGUGAAACUACCGAGUUCGAGGAGCGUGACGAUGAGGACCUUUAUUUCGCCCCUGAGAAGAAUAAUGUUAUUUUCGCCAGCGCAGUGGACGGAUGGGCUUUUACUAUCAGGCAAUUUGCUGCCAUCUAUGAGAAGAAACUUGGUAUCAAGAGAACUGUUCUGGAGAAGGUUCUCUGGGGCGACUACUACUUGGAUCCGAAGACCAAGCGUGUUCUGGGUCAGAAACAUCUUAAGGGCCGUGCAUUGAAACCCAUGUUUGUGCAGCUUGUCCUUGACAGCAUCUGGGCUGCAUACGAAGCGACUACUGGUGGCGGUAAGGGCAAAGGUGACCCAGUUUUGCUGGAGAAGAUCACCAAGUCACUCAACAUCAACAUUCCUCCUUAUAUUCUGCGUUCCCGCGAUCCUAAGAACAUCAUGACUACCUUAUUCUCUCAAUGGCUGCCCCUAUCAACCGCUGUCUUGGUAUCUGUGAUUGAAUACCUCCCGAGCCCUUCGGCUGCACAAGCCACUCGACUGCCCGACAUGAUAAAAGACUCGCCCGGUGCAAACCACAUUUCUGAAGAAGUCAAAGAGGCCAUGAUCAACUUUAAAACCGGACCUGAACAGCCCGUUGUUGCAUACGUCAGUAAGAUGGUUGCUAUUCCCGAGAGUGAGCUGUCAUCUAGCAAGAAGCGCAGCGGCGCUACCAUGACCGCAGAUGAAGCUCGAGAAAUUGCUCGUCGCAAGCGCGAAGAGAUUGCGAAGAUGCAGGCGGAGGCUGGUGGAGGUCCAGGAAAUGAUGCCUUUGAGCGAAUGACCUCUGCAUUUGAGAACACCUUGAUCACAGAGACAGAGGAGCCGGAAGAAGUGGAAGAAAAGGAGGACCCAGAACAUCUGAUUGGAUUUGCCCGACUCUAUUCGGGAACAUUGAAUGUUGGAGACUCGAUCUAUGUUCUGCCGCCGAAAUUCUCGCCUGCGAACCCGCACGCGAGCCCAAAGCCAAAGAAGGUUACUGUGACUGAUCUGUACCUGAUGAUGGGCAGGAGUCUUGAGCCUCUUCAGUCCGUGCCAGCUGGUGUUGUCUUUGGAAUUGGCGGUCUGGCAGGCUACGUGCUCAAGACUGGUACGCUCUGCAGUCAGCUCGAAGGUAGUAUCAACUUGGCUGGCGUCUCAUUAAGCACCCCGCCCAUUGUGCGUGUUGCUCUGGAACCAGUCAACCCGGCAGACCUGGGAAAGAUGAUUACAGGACUCCGUCUUCUUGAACAAAGUGACCCAUGUGCCCUGUACGAGCAGCUUCCUAGCGGCGAGCAUGUCAUUCUCACUGCGGGUGAGUUGCACUUGGAGCGCUGCGUGAAGGAUCUCCGUGAGAGAUUUGCUCGAUGUGAGAUCCAGACUGGUGAGGCUAUCGUGCCGUACCGUGAGACUAUCGUCAAUGCUCCGGAGAUGGCACCGCCUAACAACCGCGAGUAUGGUCGUGGAAGCGUUGUGUCUCUCUCCCCCUCAAAGCAGAUGACCGUUCGCUUGCGUGUCGUUCCUCUCCCUGAAGCUGUGACAGAUUUCCUCUCUAAGCAAGUCGGAACCAUCAAACGUCUCCAGUCGGAGAAGCACACUGUAGCCGAGGCGACAUCGGAGGAAGAAGUCACACAGCAAGUUGCAUCGGUUGAUGCCGAAGCUACAGGCGAGGCCCGUGAAGCCAACAUUUUAUCCCUGAAGGAAUUCCACGACGAAUUGAACAAGGUUUUCGAGGAGGACGUCACGGGUGAUAAGGAACUUUUCAAGAACGUCGUCGACAAAAUCAUUGGCUUCGGACCUCGCAGAACCGGACCCAACAUCUUGGUCGAUGCCACAGCGGUCAACACCUGCGAGAAAUUCUUACUCGACGACCCCAAACAUUCCAACUCAUCCGAAACCCACGAUCAACAAGCCCUCCUAGUCCGCGAUCUAUGUGACAAAAUUGCCUACGCCUUCCAACUAGCAACAGGCCAGGGUCCCCUGUGCCAAGAACCCAUGCAAGGCAUCGCCGUCUUCCUUGAAGACCUGACAGUUCACACCUCCUCCAACGACGAGCUCGAUAUGGGCCGCCUAACAGGCGACGCAAUCCGACUCGUCCGCGAAGGAAUCACCCAAGGUUUCCUAGACUGGAGUCCUCGCAUCAUGCUCGCAAUGUACAGUUGCGAGAUUCAAGCAACCACCGAAGUCCUAGGCCGCGUCUACGGCGUGAUUACCCGCCGUCGAGGCCGUAUUCUCUCCGAGAUCAUGAAAGAAGGAACACCUUUCUUCACCAUCUUGGCCCUUCUUCCCGUCGCGGAGUCGUUCGGAUUCGCCGAGGAAAUCCGUAAGCGGACAUCUGGUGCAGCCCAGCCGCAGCUUAUCUUUGCUGGCUUUGAGGCGCUGGAUGAGGAUCCGUUCUGGGUUCCUGCUACUGAGGAGGAGUUGGAGGAUCUUGGUGAGCUUGCGGAUCGUGAGAAUGUGGCGAAGAGGUAUAUGGAUGCAGUGCGCAGUCGGAAAGGUCUUGUCGUUCAAGGAAGGAAGUUGAUUGACGCGGAGAAGCAGAAGACGUUGAAGAAGUAA